GUCUUUGUCCUCCACUAUGCAGAGUCGUCUCGUUGCCGCAGAUCAUAUAAUUUUCCGUUGAGCUUUAUCUUGUAAUAGCUCUUUGUCGUUUUUGCGAUCUACGUUCACGUUGUCUUCAAAGGAUCAUCAGAACGACUUUUCUUCAUUGAAGCUCAGACGCCACUGCAACCGGCCCCGAAAUGACUACGUCGAGACGCGUUCCAGUAACUCAAGACAUCGACGGCGAACCGCGCUGCGUCUACUUCAGCCCCGCCCUUUGCCGUCAAAUUCCCACCUUUGAACCACAAGACGGCGAUAUCAUUCAGGUAACCUACCCCAGAUCCGGGACACACUGGGUGCAGCAGAUUAUUCAGCUGAUUUUGUCUAAAGGGGUGUCGGUGAAAACGUUCAAUGAAUUCCUGGAAAAGGCGCCUUUUCUCGAAGUCCAAGAAGUCAAGACGACCGCAUCCCCCAGACUCCUGCGGACCCAUUUCUCGAUGAGCAAACUUCGCCUCAGCGAGAAGGCCAAGUACAUUUACGUCGCACGCAACCCCUGGGACUGUUGCGUAUCGUGCUACUAUCUGAUACGAGAAAGUCCGGCAACCGAGUUUACAAAUGGAACAUGUGAUGACUUUCUUGACGCUUUUCUCGAAGCAAAGAUUGGCUUUGGCGACUACUUUGAGCACGUACUCUCCGGGUAUAACCACAGGGGAGACUCAAACGUAUUCUUUGUCACGUACGAGGAACUCCAGACGAACAAGAAAGAUGUUGUGCUCAGGUUGGCUGAGUUCCUAGGGAAGCAUCACAGGAAAGUGCUCGAAGAAAACCAAGAGGUUCUUCAGCAAGUUAUGGAGAAAACCACCGUGGCUUUCAUGAAGAAUUUUAUGACAACGAAACCAAAGGAGGUCCUUAAGGUGCUUAAAAAGAACUCACCGCACCUGCAGCCGGCUCAAGUCAUCAGCAACCAGGAGUCUUGCCAAUCGACCGACAUCCACAUCCUCCGUAAAGGAGUGGUCGGCGACUGGAAGCAACACUUCACUCCUGAAAACAUCGUGAAGAUGCAGACUGCCAUCAUGGAGCGAACAAAGGGCUCGGAUAUCAUGGAUCUUUGGAAAUGUGACUGAGAUUCUAUGAUUCGUGGAACGUACCGGUAAAAAAAAAACAAAAACACCUUCCCUAUUCUACGAGCAUAAACCAGAACCUCUUUAUUUCUCAUAUUUUACAUAUAACCAAACAAUAAUUCACGUUAACACUAAUAAUGUUGAAAUAAGCCUCGUGCUUGCAGGAUUGGGUAUUGGUGUGCGAGGUAUAGUUUUCUUGAGAUGGGUGUCAUCCGGGGGGUGCAAAAAAAUUUGAUACACGCGCAAAUCGAGAAGUUAAAUAAAUUAGUAAUCAAUCGGAA